GUCGCUCAACAAGGACCAACAUUUUUGGACCUGCAGAUUAUCACAGGGACUGAUGUGGAGACGGCCUCAUAUUUCUUUACUGUAGCAGCGUUUGGUCACAUGGUUGGAUCCUUGAUCAGUGGCUUUGUGCACGGCAAGGUCAACAACAACGUCCUCAUGACCUUUCUCCUCAUCGGUGUGGGGGUCAUGACGCUCACCACGCCAUACUGCUCACAUUUCGCACUCAUGCUUGUCAUUAUGUUUUUCGCCCGCGUGUUCUCAGGAAGUCUGGCCAAUAAUCUAUGUCUGUGUAGAGCAAACUUUUGCAUCAUUCCUCAUGACUUUUGUUGUUAGUGAAUACGAUGAAGUUUCUAAGUCAAAAGGUGCCUAUAUAACAACUUUCUUUUGGGCUUCAUUUGCUGUGGGCAGAUUUCUUGGCAUUUUUGUGUCUAAAUAUGUUAUUGCUGUAAAGUUGAUUAGUUUAUACAUAUUUUUAAUGGUCGUUGGUUUUUCGGGAUUUACAAUAAGUGCCUUUGUCGCCCAGAUUGAUGCCAUCACAGUAUUUUCUUGUGUUGCUGGUAUCUCAAUGUCAGCCCUAUACCCUGCUGGCCUUACGUGGGCUGAGUCAGAACUGCUUAAAGUGACUGCAUGGGUUUCUUCUUUCACCCUUAUCGCUAGUGCUAUCGGUAUGAUGAUCAACCCACUUAUCAUUGGUUAUCUCAUGGAAGAAGUUUCCAACAUGUGGUUCUGUUAUGUUUUGUUGAGCCAAACUUUGUUGCUGUGUUGUAUUUUCCUAUUCCUCCUGUUAUUUAACAGAUGUUAUCUCAACAAAGUUUAUGGAAAAGUUGGAGAUAGUAAAAUGUUUGAGACAGUUAUGGAGGCACCGCUUCAAGAAACUGACAAGUUUCUUGACACACGUGAAAAAGAAUUUUCACCCAAAAUAUGA